AUGUCAGAUCUAUCCCGUAAAGAACCCUCUACGAAGGCUCUCCUAGAGAAAGCCAAAUACCAAUCUGACAGCAUCCGCGAGGCCCUCAAUGACCCCGAGCAGCACACGACUGGCGCGCAGUUUGACAAGAGCAAAUAUCCCUCUGAGCCGGUCUGGGAUAAGGGUAGCACGACCAAAGUGGCGGUUGAUGCUCCUCCUACGGGGAAGAUACCGAUGGAGUCACCCGAAGCGCAAACAAUUGCCGCAUUCGGAUCACCCCAUAACGGAGCCGCCCCCCCUGGUCGCAGUCGGUCUCUCAACACAAUUCCGCAAUCGUUCGUGUUCACAACAACACAGCAGGGAGAGGAGUAA